UCCUGGUUUCCUUUAACGCUCUUUUUUUGCCGCUUCACUAUAUGACGGAAGGGGAAGGCGUCGGUAGAAAAACAAUGGGGAAAGGCAGUACAGUAUUAGGGUAUGGCUGCUACUGAGCAGCAGUAUGCCAAUCCAGAAACAGAAGUUUUCAGAAGAGAGUGCUGUCUUUAACUACAGAAGAACAAGGAUUUCUUUGGGUUAUUCUGGAGUGAAAUUUGUUACCCAACAAAAGAAGUAAACCCUUUUAAAAGAUAGGCAGUUAUAGUAGAAUUCUGAACCAAACGACUGGAUUAGCUUCAUUGGCUUUCCUGCUUCUUUUGCAUCCCAAAGCAUAAACUUAAAUCGUCUCAGAAGGACAAGGUCCGCCAGUUUAUGGCAGUUACCCAGGCUGGUGAAAGGACUGCUAUAUACUGUUUAAUGCAGAAUGAGUGGAAACUAGAAGUGGCAACAGACAACUACUUCCAGAACCCAGACUUGUACUACAAAGAAUCCAUGAAAAUUUCAAUAGACAGAAAGAAAUUAGAACAAUUGUAUAACAGGUACAAAGACCCGCAAGAUGAGAAUAAAAUUGGCAUUGAUGGGAUUCAACAGUUUUGUGAUGAUUUAAGCUUGGACCCUGCUAGUAUCAGUGUUUUGGUCAUAGCAUGGAAAUUUAGGGCAGCCACGCAGUGUGAAUUCAGCAAAAAAGAAUUUGUAGAUGGCAUGACAGAACUGGGGUGUGAUACUACGGACAAGCUAAAAACUCUUUUGCCAAGGCUGGAACAAGAAUUAAAGGAUCCAAUGAAGUUUAAAGAUUUUUAUCAGUUUACCUUUAACUUUGCUAAGAACCCUGGACAAAAAGGUUUAGAUCUAGAAAUGGCAAUCGCAUAUUGGAAUUUAGUUUUAUCAGGGAGAUUUAAAUUUCUAGAUCUUUGGAAUAAAUUUUUAUUGGAGCAUCAUAAAAGAUCAAUCCCCAAAGAUACUUGGAAUCUUCUUUUAGACUUUGGAAAUAUGAUUGCAGAUGAUAUGUCAAACUACGACGAAGAAGGAGCAUGGCCAGUUCUAAUAGACGAUUUUGUGGAAUAUGCACGACCAGUAGUCACAGGAGGAAAACGUAAAGCUUCCUAACCAUAGAAGACUCUUCUCAGUGGACUUAAUAAGUUUGCAGUCUGAACUGCAUCAGGUAAUGAAGACAUUUUGGCCAAUAACUGUGCGCACUGUCGCUGGUUUUGAUAGUCGUGGUGGGAUGCCACUGACGAAACAGGAAUCACUACUUCUGCUUCAAGAAAAUGAUGGCUGACUCAUGGACACUGCAAGAAGAAAUUCAGAAGACAGCCCAGGCUGUUUGUAGGAAAUUGGCUUCAAUUAUUGUACUGGUUGUAUCAUAUAGGAUGUAGAUUUUGCAUGAUUUUAUACUUUGGAGAAGUUUAACUAGAGGCCAUUUUAGUAAAAGUUUUGACAGCACAGCAUGCCAUUCAGUUCAUGAACACCAGCAGUUACAUAAUUACAACUGUAUUAUAUUGUACUUAUAUUAAAAAGCAGUAUUUGUGGUAUAUAAAUUAAAUCCCUAAAUAAAGUA